GUAUCUUGUUCUCUAAUCCAUCUAUCUCAAAUUGAACAUGUCAUGUCAACCUUGCACCCCACAUCCGUAUCCUAUUUUUCAUCACACACACUGUUUUAUAUGUGACACACACACACACACUAUCCUCGUAACAGAGUAAAGUUUCACAAACACUCUCUUUGAGUUACGUAGUAAUAAUGGAAUCAUCAUCAUCAUGGUUCAUAGCAAUUGUCUCUUUCUGCAUCAUCUUCCUCAUCAGAGCCAUCUUCUCCACCAGAACCACCACAAAAACCACCGUAACCCUCCCUCCUGGCCCACCACACAUACCAAUACUCACAACCCUAUCAUGGCUUCGAAAAUCAUUCUCCUCCCAACUCGAACCAUUUCUCAAAACCCUCCACACCAAAUAUGGUCCUAUCAUCACUCUUAGAAUCGGUUCUCGACCUGCAAUUUUCAUCGCCGACCAUUCCAUUGCUCAUCAUGCUCUCAUUCAAAACUCCUCUGUUUUCUCCGAUCGUCCCAAAGCUCUUCCCACCGGCAAAAUUAAUACCAGCAACCAACAUAACAUCAGUUCUGCUUCAUACGGUCCUACAUGGCGUACCCUCCGUCGUAACCUCGCUUCAGAGAUGCUUCAUCCUUCCAAAAUCAAAUCUUUCUCUGAAAUUCGCAACUGGGUCUUGGAAACUCUCAUCAACCGUCUCAAAUCUGCUUCGGGAUCAGAAUCUUCAGAUUCUGUUACGGUUAUUUCUCACUUUCAUUAUGCGAUAUUCUGUUUAUUAGUUUUCAUGUUGUUUGGUGAAAGAGUUAAAGAUGAGAUACUCAGUGACAUCUUGCGUGUACAAAGGAAUCAUUUGUUGGGUAUUAGCAGAUUCAAUAUUUUGAAUUUCUGGCCUAGAGUUACGAGGAUUUUGUUGCGGAAACGAUGGGAGGAGCUUUUUAAAUUGCGUAAGGAUCAAGAGGAUGUUUUGCUUCCGUUGAUAAGAGCAAGGAAGCAAGUUAAAGAGAGUGGAUUGAACAAUGUUAAAAGUGUUGUUUCAUAUGUGGAUACUCUUUUGGAGUUGGAGUUGCCUGAGGAGAAACGUAAGCUGAGUGAAGAUGAAAUGGUUACUCUUUGUUCCGAGUUUUUGACAGGUGGGACAGAUACUACUUCCACUGCUUUGCAGUGGAUUAUGGCGAAUUUGGUGAAACACCCGGACGUGCAGAGGAAGAUUGUGGAUGAGAUUAGGGAUGUGAUGGGCGGAGAUGAUAGUGGAGAAAAGAAGGAAGUGAAAGAGGAAGACUUGCAUAAGUUUCCGUAUCUUAAGUGUGUGAUUUUGGAAGGGUUGAGGCGUCAUCCACCGGGGCAUUUUGUGUUGCCACACGCGGUAACUGAGGAUGUUGUUUUGGACGGUUAUUUGGUGCCUAAAAAUGGGACAGUGAAUUUUAUGGUGGCUGAGAUGGGGUGGGAUCCUCGUGUUUGGGAGGAUCCAAUGGAGUUUAAGCCAGAGAGGUUUUUGAAGGAGGAAACAUUUGAUAUUACAGGGAGUAAAGAGAUAAAGAUGAUGCCAUUUGGUGCUGGGAGGAGAAUUUGUCCUGGAUAUAAUUUAGCUUUGCUUCAUUUGGAAUAUUUUGUGGCUAAUUUGGUUUGGAAUUUUGAUUGGAAGCUUCCGGAGGGGGGACACGUCGAUUUGUCCGAAAAACAAGAAUUCACCACUGUCAUGAAAAAUCCAUUGCAGGUUCAUAUUUCUCCUAGAAUCUAGAUUAGGUGCUAAGUGUGCCCAUAUCAUUGCAGUAUGUAAAUAACAAUAAAAUGUUGGUUUAGUUGUUAAUGAAAAUAAAAUGUCUCUACAACUUUGUGUAGACCUUAUCCUUGAUUCUCUGCUUGGCAAUGUCAUAUUAGAGCAGGGGAAGAUUAUUGGUGGAUUUGUCACAUGGUGAGAUUUUGCUUCAUCCAAUGAUCCAUUAUGCAUCUUUUUUUAAUAAUAAUGCAUUGCAUACAUAUGGUGUUCAUUCUUAUUAUCUUA